UAUAAUUAACAUCAUAGCUUUGUUCAUCUUUCUUUAAAUUCUCGCUAGUCCUAUUCUGUUUUCUAUUUUUUUUUCGUCUUUUCUUUUUUCUUGUUCUUCUUUGUUGGAAGAUGGAAGGAGGGUCAUGUUGUUCAAGAACAGAGAAGAAAAACAAAAGGCAAAAUAGCCAACAAGAGAAGCCAUAUAGAGGAAUUCGUAAGAGGAAAUGGGGAAAGUGGGUGGCUGAAAUAAGAGAACCAAAUAAAAGGUCAAGAAUUUGGCUAGGUUCUUACUCUUCUCCAGUUGCAGCUGCUCGUGCCUAUGACACUGCUGUUUUUUACUUGAGAGGCCCUUCUGCUAAACUCAACUUCCCACAAUUCAUUGUUAAUGAAAAUCAUGAACUUCACAAUAACCUCUCUUCUUCUGAUAUUCGCAAAAAAGCUACUGAAGUUGGUGCCAAAGUGGAUGCUAAUAUGCAAACUACAACCAAUUCUACAGAGUCCAAUAAUUUCAUUUCCAAUUCAAAAUCCAAGUGGUUAUCAAUGAAGCCCGAUUUGAAUGAAUAUCCAAGUCCAGAAAUCUGGGAGGAGCUAGAUAAUUAAAGCAGUUCUAUAUCCUUAUGGCUAUAUAGAUGCUUGUGAUCGGAAGCAUAGCCAAUUACAAAUACAGCAAAAGUGACUAUGUUCGAUCGAACCAGCACAAGGCUAGCUCCACAUCUGCUUGUGAUUCAUGUUCUAAGAACAUAAUCUUUAACUAUAAUAUAGUUGUACGUGUCCACAAGAAAUUACAAGCCAACUAGCUAUACGCAGUCUUGAUAUUAGUACUAAUUACUUAGAUCUUCUUUUUUCAAUUUCUGUUGUUGAGAGUUUGUAAAGUUUGAUAUUUAAGGUUGUUUUCUUUCUUUUCCCAAACGUUAUACUGUUCCAUUGAAUAUUGGUGUAU